GCGGCGGGGCCGGGGACUCGGCGGGGCGCCGGCCGGCGGGCGGAGACGGACCCGGGAUCUGUCCGAGCAGGAAGCGAGCCGGAGACCGAUCGCCGCCGCCGCCGCCCCCCCGUCCCUGUGCCGGUCCGCGUCGUCGCCCUCUCUCCUCUCCCUCAUUCCCCCCCCUCACCCCGUCCUCCAGCCUCACCGGCGACAGGUAGCCCCACCGCCGCGCACCUGCCCUCGCGUCCGCACAGGAGAUAGUGGAUAACUCUCUUCAAAAAUGGAGGAUGGAAAGCCCGUGUGGGCGCCGCACCCUACAGAUGGGUUUCAGAUGGGCAAUAUCGUGGAUAUUGGUCCCGACAGCUUAACAAUUGAACCCUUGAACCAAAAAGGCAAGACGUUUCUGGCUCUCAUAAACCAAGUGUUCCCUGCAGAGGAGGACAGUAAAAAAGAUGUGGAAGACAACUGUUCAUUAAUGUAUUUAAAUGAAGCCACACUCCUCCAUAACAUCAAAGUUCGGUACAGUAAAGACAGAAUUUAUACAUAUGUGGCCAACAUUCUGAUUGCAGUGAACCCAUACUUUGACAUACCUAAAAUAUAUUCUUCAGAAACGAUAAAGUCGUACCAAGGAAAAUCGCUUGGGACGAAGCCACCUCAUGUCUUUGCAAUUGCUGAUAAGGCUUUUCGAGACAUGAAGGUGCUCAAGAUGAGUCAGUCUAUCAUUGUAUCUGGAGAAUCAGGAGCUGGCAAAACGGAAAAUACAAAAUUUGUUCUAAGAUAUCUGACUGAAUCCUAUGGAACUGGUCAAGACAUUGAUGACAGAAUUGUUGAAGCUAACCCACUCUUGGAAGCUUUUGGAAAUGCGAAGACUGUUCGCAACAAUAAUAGCAGUCGAUUUGGGAAGUUUGUAGAAAUACAUUUCAAUGAAAAGAGUUCAGUCGUUGGUGGAUUUGUUUCACAUUAUCUUCUAGAGAAAUCUAGGAUCUGCGUUCAAGGCAAAGAGGAAAGGAAUUAUCAUAUCUUUUAUAGGUUGUGUGCUGGUGCUUCUGAAGAUGUUAGGGAAAGACUUCAUUUGAGCUCCCCAGAUAAUUUUCGGUAUCUAAACCGAGGCUGCACUAGAUACUUCGCUAACAAAGAAACUGACAAACAGAUUUUACAGAACCGAAAAAGUCCUGAGUAUCUUAAGGCAGGUUCUUUGAAAGAUCCUUUGUUAGAUGACCAUGGAGAUUUUAUUAGAAUGUGCACAGCCAUGAAGAAGAUUGGUUUGGAUGAUGAAGAAAAGCUUGAUCUAUUCCGGGUAGUGGCUGGUGUCCUGCACCUUGGAAAUAUUGAUUUUGAGGAAGCUGGCAGCACUUCAGGUGGUUGUAAUCUGAAGAAUAAAUCUACUCAGUCAUUGGAAUAUUGUGCUGAAUUACUGGGUUUGGAUCAAGAUGAUCUUCGUGUAAGUUUAACUACAAGAGUCAUGCUAACAACAGCAGGGGGCACCAAAGGAACAGUGAUAAAGGUACCCCUGAAAGUGGAGCAAGCAAACAAUGCCCGGGAUGCCUUGGCAAAGACUGUCUACAGCCAUCUUUUUGAUCACGUGGUAAACAGAGUUAAUCAAUGUUUCCCUUUUGAAACAUCGUCCUAUUUUAUUGGAGUCCUAGAUAUUGCUGGAUUUGAGUACUUUGAACAUAACAGUUUUGAACAAUUUUGCAUCAACUAUUGCAAUGAAAAACUUCAACAAUUUUUUAAUGAGAGGAUUCUGAAGGAGGAACAAGAACUCUAUCAAAGGGAAGGUUUAGGUGUGAAUGAAGUGCAUUACGUGGAUAACCAAGACUGCAUAGAUUUAGUUGAAGCAAAAUUAGUGGGAAUACUGGAUAUUUUGGAUGAAGAAAAUCGCCUUCCCCAGCCGAGUGAUCAACACUUUACAUCUGCAGUUCACCAGCAGCACAAAGACCAUUUCCGACUCUCUAUUCCUAGGAAGUCCAAGCUGGCAGUUCACAGGAACAUCAGAGACGAUGAGGGCUUCCUCAUCAGGCAUUUCGCAGGGGCAGUGUGCUACGAAACAACUCAAUUUGUGGAAAAAAAUAAUGAUGCUUUACAUAUGUCUCUUGAGUCCUUAAUAUGUGAAUCCAGGGAUAAAUUUAUCCGGGAAUUAUUUGAAUCAUCCACAAAUAACAACAAAGAUACUAAACAAAAAGCAGGAAAACUUAGCUUCAUCAGUGUGGGAAACAAGUUUAAGACACAGUUAAACUUGCUUCUGGAUAAACUUCGAAGUACUGGAGCAAGCUUUAUUCGUUGUAUCAAACCUAAUUUAAAGAUGACAAGCCAUGACUUUGAAGGAGCUCAAAUUUUGUCUCAACUUCAGUGUUCAGGUAUGGUGUCUGUUUUGGACUUGAUGCAGGGUGGUUUCCCAUCACGAGCUUCAUUUCAUGAACUCUACAACAUGUAUAAAAAGUAUAUGCCAGAUAAACUCGCAAGAUUAGAUCCAAGACUAUUUUGUAAGGCUCUUUUUAAAGCUUUGGGCUUAAAUGAAAUCGACUACAAGUUUGGGUUAACAAAAGUAUUUUUUAGACCUGGCAAGUUUGCAGAAUUUGAUCAGAUUAUGAAGUCCGACCCUGAUCACUUAGCAGAGCUGGUCAAGAGGGUCAAUCACUGGCUCAUCUGCAGUCGCUGGAAGAAGGUUCAGUGGUGCUCGCUGUCUGUCAUCAAACUGAAAAACAAAAUAAAAUAUCGAGCUGAAGCGUGCAUUAAAAUGCAGAAAACUAUUCGAAUGUGGCUUUGCAAAAGGAGACACAAACCUCGCAUUGAUGGCCUGAUUAAGGUGGGCACACUGAAAACACGGCUUGAUAAAUUUAAUGAAGUAGUAAGUGCAUUGAAAGAUGGAAAACCAGAGAUGAAUAAACAGGUCAAGAACCUUGAAAUUUCUAUUGAUUCUUUAAUGGCCAAAAUUAAGUCCACUAUGAUGACAAGAGAGCAAAUACAGAAAGAAUAUGAUGCACUAGUUAAAAGCUCAGAGGUCCUUCUCAGUGCACUACAGAAAAAAAAGCAGCAGGAAGAGGAAGCAGAAAGGCUGAGGCGUAUUCAAGAAGAAAUGGAAAAAGAAAGAAAAAGACGAGAAGAAGAUGAACAACGUCGAAGAAAGGAGGAGGAGGAAAGGCGGAUGAAACUUGAGAUGGAAGCAAAGAGAAAACAAGAAGAAGAAGAAAGAAAGAAAAGGGAAGAUGAUGAAAAACGCAUUCAGGCGGAGGUGGAGGCGCAGCUGGCCCGACAGCGCGAGGAGGAGUCCCAGCAGCAGGCGGUCCUGGAGCAGGAGCGCCGGGACCGGGAGCUGGCGCUGCGGAUCGCCCAGAGCGAGGCGGAGCUCAUCAGCGACGAGGCGCAGGCGGACCCGGCGCUGCGCAGAAUUAAUGGAACAGGACCCAAAAUAACACCGGAACAAAUGGCGAAAGAAAUGUCAGAAAUUUUGAGUAGAGGCCCUGCUGUACAAGCCACCAAGGCAGCUGCUGGGACCAAGAAACAUGAUCUUAGUAAAUGGAAAUAUGCAGAACUACGUGAUACCAUCAAUACUUCUUGUGAUAUUGAGCUCCUGGCAGCUUGCAGAGAAGAAUUUCAUAGGAGACUAAAAGUAUAUCAUGCUUGGAAAUCCAAGAACAAGAAGAGAAAUACUGAAACAGAGCAACGUGCUCCAAAGUCUGUUACUGAUUAUGAUUUUGCACCAUUUUUGAACAAUUCACCUCAGCAGAACCCGGCGGCUCAGCUCCCUGCCAGGCAGCAGGAGAUCGAGAUGAACCGACAGCAGCGCUUCUUCCGCAUCCCAUUCAUCCGCCCUGCGGACCAGUAUAAAGACCCGCAGAACAAGAAAAAAGGCUGGUGGUAUGCCCAUUUUGAUGGACCAUGGAUUGCCCGGCAGAUGGAGCUUCAUCCUGACAAACCACCCAUCCUCCUCGUGGCUGGUAAGGAUGACAUGGAGAUGUGUGAGCUGAAUCUUGAAGAGACAGGCCUGACUCGAAAGCGCGGUGCUGAGAUUUUGCCAAGACGGUUCGAAGAAAUUUGGGAGCGCUGUGGAGGCAUCCAGUAUCUUCAGAAAGCGAUUGAGAGCAGACAGGCCAGGCCCACGUAUGCCACGGCCAUGCUGCAGAAUCUGUUAAAGUAGAAGUUGCACUAUCCUUGCAGCUGGGAGCCCUUGCCAUGGCACUAGGUAGGGAGUGUGCCCAAGAGAGUUAACCAUUCCACGAUCAACCUAGAAUUACUUACACAAAGUGAACAGAUUUUAUUAAUCAUGGCUUUUUGUUAAUUUAAGAUUAAUUAUGGUAGUGAAUUUGGGACCUAAAAAUUAUUUUCUUGUAGCCAGCUAUAACUGUUAGACCUCUCAUUAUUCUAAUACUUGUUACACUUGGACAGACUCUGACAUUUCUCCUUCUUUGCCAAUGGACUACCCUAAAUCCACCUUAACUGUUCUCUAGGAAAAGAAGUUUUAAAAGAAUGCAGAAUUCUUGCUUUUUAAGCUUGGCACAGUACCAUAUAACUGGAAUAAAGAACACUGCACUUCAACUUUCUUACAAAAAUAAGGCACUUAAAAUGAUCAAGGCACUGAUGUUUUGAUCUGAAAGCUGUAUACUUUCUUUACUCACUUUUUCAGAAAUUCAUGGAAAUUUCCAUCAAAGGUGGAAAUUUUUAUUUUUCCCCCUCUUUUGCAGUGUCUUGGUUUGAGUAAAGCAGUUUACCAGAAGUUCUAGAAUUUUGGAGAGAGCCUUAAUGUGUUUGCUGCGAUCUGUGGUAAGGAAAGUGCAUGGUAUCUGGCACAGAUAGGUUUUGCUUUCCUAUCACAUUGCGUUGUUAUAAGAAUGUGUUCUUAUAUUCCAUGGACAAAUAAAGGAAAUUCAGAUCAUUUGAAUGCUUGAAAGUUUUGAGAUAAUUUUUGUUUCAUUUAGAAAAGGAAAUAGGUUUUAGGUGGCAGUUUGGCUUAACUGGACUGAAUUCAAAUAUUCUUUCAUUUUCAUCUCAGCUGCAAUUUUGUAUCAGAAUCUUGUCCAAGUUGUUUCAUGUGAUUUAAACUAGUGUUCUGCUUCAAAACAGCUUUGUUUUUAAAAAAAUUCCUGUUGUCUUUUUUGGCCUUUGAGAUUUUGGUAGUUGUAGGACUCUUUUAUAAGCUUUGUAAUUCAAAAACCCUGCACUUAGGAAUUGCUUGUUUCAUGUAACUGAUAAUUUAAAAACAAAAAAACGUUUUGUUUGUGUGCUGUUUAGUUUUGAUCAAAUGUCAGCAGUUUCAAGCCUAAUAUUUAUGACUUUCAUAUUAGGAAUUUGAAAACAAAAAUACAUCAAGGAGUUGUGUUGACAUAAUCCUAAGGAGUCUUGUUUGUAUUUUAGAAUAAAAUUAGAAAAUAAAAUUAUUCUCUGUACUUUUUUUUUUCCUGAUGUUUGAAGACCCUAACCUUUGAAAUGAAUUCCCAGUGAUUUUUUUUUUUUCCCCUAGAAAGAGUACCUCAGUUAGGAAAGUGUUUCCCAGCUGAUUGGAUUAGUGCUUGUGAGCCAGACACUGUUUUCAGAAUUGCUUCUCUCAUAAUAUGUCUUAGUGUAGAGGUAUUUAUUUAUUAUGAUACUGUGCAAAUGAUUGUCUUCUGUUAAAGAAAUUAAAUGGCCCUGUCUGUACUGUUGAGAAUGUGAAUGUGAUUAUCUUUCGAAGGCUGCAUUACUGCAUAGACUCACCCACCCUUGAGUCAUUUGGUUCCUGUGAUUUGGUGACAGAAGGUCUGGUUACUGAAAAUAAAUGUCCUGUUCUCCCUCUUCUUAUCACUCGCCUUGAACUGGUGUUUUUAUUUGUACAGGAUAGUGAAUGAUAAGCUUUUCUCUUAACUGAUAACAAGUAGCGUCCUGGAAGAAAAUUUAGUAACUAAAUAGGUUUUUAAUGACUUGUGCUUUUAGUGCUGUGUUCAGAAACAGUUUUGUGUGUGUCCUAGAUACAUGCAGGCACUUGAUGGAAAACUAGUCACACAGGUUAAAUGAUCAUAAUGAGAGAACCUAAAGCUUUGAAGAAUUUGUGAGAAAUAUAUCAUAGCAGAGCAUUGUUACAGGUCUUUAAUUUUUUACUUUAAGAGCUGAUAAAAUUAUAGUCAGUCUUAAGCCGUUUUGUUGCUAAUUAUGUCACACAGCUAUCCUAGAACGUAUCUAUUUUAAGGAGUCUCCUGAGUUAAUUCUGGCUGCAGGAGACCUGCCCUAAUUCGGGUAGACCUGCAGUCACCUACAUACAGCAGCUCCGCACACACAGAAGCCCCUUUGCCAGAGAAGCUUAGGACCCCAUCGUCCUUUAAGGGAAAUGGAGGAGGUGGCGUCCUGAAAAAUGUGCAUGCAGCUUCUUCACAACAUUCACGAUCAAACCCAGAAACACUAGGUGAAAACUGCAUGAAUCAAACGUUAAUUUGUAUUUUAGUCAGUCGUUUUAAUUGAAAUGUAAAAUUAGAAUUAAAACCAGCAUACUGUACAUUAAGAACUAAUUCUUCUUAAUGCUUGUCUCACUCAAUAUCAGUUCCUUCCUUUGUGUAUGCUUUACAAAGGUAGACGUACAUAAAAUAUUAAAACUGGGAAAACAGAAUGUUUUCACAUUCAAUUAUAAUGUAAUUUGUAAUCUCAUUAACACAUUUAAGAUACGUAUUGUGAGCUAUGGGUAGGCACCAAGAGGAAGUUUCUCUAAUACAUCUAUGUUAAGAGAAUGGUGAGUUUUCUUAGUUGUAAGUUUGAGUAGAUGGCACCUUCUCAAAGGAUUAUAUGAAGAAGAAAUAAACUAGUGCACUUAGGAACACAAGCCCACACAAAAGACAUUCUGUUGUAGCUCACAUUCUGCUUCCUAUAGUGGCUUUUUUAUAGGUCAUUCUUUCCAGUAACACAGUGAACUCUUUUGUUUUGCAAACAACAAAACAAGAUAUCAGAGCACAAAAGAAAAAAAAUCUUAAGUGGAACACAGGUGGUAUUUGUGGAAACUUAAGAGAAUAGAAACUCACAGGCACAAAGAAUAAUGAGUAUUUUGCAGUUCUGUUAAUUGGAUUUUUAAGAGUAUAUUUUCGUUCACAGGUUAUUACAGUGGUUCUCAGGGGAUCAGAUAGGUAGAUCUUUGGUUUGUUCACCUAAACUACCUUCAGAGUAUCUGGAUCAGUACAAUAAAUGUUACUGAAUGAAUCAGCCAGUGAAUUACUACAGUGCUAGUGGUAGACCUCACUCCUUUUACAGUAGAGGUAACAGAUCCAGAGAGCUCAAGUAAUUUAGUUCUAGACCAUGGAAGAGAUAGAAAUGCCUUCGCUCCGCUCAUGCGGAGCCCCAAAGAGUCAAAACAAGCAGACUUCUUUGUGUAGCCCCGGGGGGAUUUGCAAAGGGUCACUCCCCUGUCUCCCCAUCUUCAGAAAGUGUGACAGCUUUUGUCUGUUUAGCAUUACCAGCAGUAACAAUUACUGAGCGUUUUUAUUUCUCCCGGAAUAUAAACUAACAAGGGAGGUUGAGGGCAGAGGAUAUCUAAAUAUUAGAAUAAGGACAGGUAGAGGGGAGGUUAUAACAAUAAGGAAAGAAAAGAGUGGAUGGAAGAGAAAGAAAAGGGAUGUGCCCCUGAAGACGCUACACUCCAGGCUGAAAACACUGAGGCGUUUUAGGUGAUCAAGCACUCCUAGAUCUUUGCUAAGUCUUAGAAUGAAUUGUAUGUAAUAUAAAAGCAGAACCCAUGGAUCUAUUACACUUGAACCAAGACAGGCCUGGUGUAUAAAUUCUUAGCGUACACAAGUGGCACUGCCACACUGGAGAUGGUCAGUAGACAUUCUGUGCGUAGGCCUCGUGCAGGGUUGAAGUGGGGAUACUUUGUGAGGUCGAGCCUACCCGUCGCAGGACAAGAUCUUUGAGUAUAGUGAAGUUCAGGUCAAAUCAAUGUAGUCUUCCUUCCCCAUGACUAACCUGAUGUAGGAAUGUAUGAAGUAAGUUUGGUUAUCAUACUUCCCAAAAAGUUUUUCAAGAGAUAAUCAGGAAAAAAAGGCACAUCAAAAAGAAAAUCUUUAAUCCUAAUUUGCACCUGUGCAGGCUUUCACCUUCAAACCACAAAUAGGUUUAUUAAUUGGCCAUUUUCUUCUCAUUUUGAAAAUUCAUCUAAUUGCAUCUGUUAAUUUUUCCUCAUCUCCUAAAAAUGUGUAUCUGAUACUUUCCUAAAAUACCUAUGUACUGGAAAUACAAACAAUAAAUGCUUUCUAUGUAGAACUUC